AUGGCUGAUAUUUUACAGAAAACUGGAUUCAAAGUCAGCAGAAAAGUAGAGACAUCAAUACGGGCAGCAAAGCUGGUUCUGCUCUGUGUAGGAUUUAUAACCACUCUCAUUUUCUUCAAAGUCGCCUUACUUCCUUGCACAUUCAAUUUCCUCCUCUCCACUCUGUCUCCUCUCUGGAUCUAUCUUCGCUCUUGGCUUUCUCCUCCUUACAUCUACAUAAUCCUCAACUUCAUCAUCAUCGUCAUUGCAGCUUCUUCCACACAAUCCCUAUCUAAUCCCCUCAAUAAUUUCAAGAACGACAACUCCACCACUAAUCCCCCAUGGCAGGACAUCCAAGAAGAAGAAUUUAAUCCCAAUUUCUCAAUCAAUGAAAAAUCCAUCGAAAAUCCAUUGAAGGAAACAUCCGAUUCCGGCCAAAACAACCCGGGAAAUAUCACCGGAGAAGCAGAGGAGGAGGUGGAGGAGACACUGGACACGCUUGAGGACACUUGGAGGCUGAUCAUGGAGGGGAAACGAAAUACGGCGAAACCAGAGCCUAAGAAGAGUGACACAUGGGAUACGCCGCCGAGGGUGGUGGUCUCUAAGGAGAAGGAGGAUGAUGUCGGCAGCGACGAUGGUAAUGAUCCGGUGGCUUGGGCUCGGCGGGAGAUACGGAAGUCGGACACUUUCAAUGACAGGGUAACACUGAUAAAGAGAGAAAUUGUUCAGAAGUCUAUGACUCAGGACGAGUUGACCCAGCGAGUUGAAGCCUUUAUUAAGGACAUGAGGUUGCAGAGGGAAGAAUCUGAACAGCUUUUCAGGGAGAUUAUUAGCAGAGGAUGUGGAAUGGACAUAAUUAGACAAUGGUCAUACAUUUUAUUGGCAUCCAAACAAGAAAUGUCUCAACCCAGCAUCAUCGAGAUCACGGGUUCAAGACACGGAGGUCCAACCUUUAUGCUGAUGACGGCCGGGGUCACAUCAUCUCACGUCAUCAACAGUAGUUAUUAUAGUGAAGAUGCUCGAGGUCUCUGGUGUUCCUGCAUUAAUUGGAGCUCAUGA